GAGUGGCGCAGGCGCAGGGGCUGCCGGAGCACAGCAGCAUGGCGGCGGCGGCGGCUCGAGUGAGCGGGAAGGGCGAGGGCGAGUGAAGCCGAGAGCGGUGGAAGGAAGGAAGGAGGGAAGAAGAGGCGCGGAUCCGAUCGGGUCUCCCUCCCCCCCCCUCCCUGUGGGGGGAGCGAGCAGCAGCAGCUCGGCCCGAUGAACCUGGCCAGUCUGAACGGGGAGGGAGGCAGCAGCCAGCUCCUCUUCGCCAACUUCAACCAGGACACGACGUCCCUUGCAGUUGGAACCAAAUCUGGCUACAAGUUUUUCUCGCUUUCAUCAGUGGAUAAAUUGGAACAGAUCUAUGAAUGCACUGACACAGAAGAUGUAUGUAUUGUGGAACGACUGUUUUCUAGCAGUCUAGUAGCUAUCGUGAGCCUUAAAGCACCCAGAAAAUUGAAGGUUUGUCACUUUAAAAAAGGAACAGAGAUAUGCAACUACAGUUAUUCCAAUACUAUUCUGGCUGUCAAACUAAAUAGACAGAGAUUGAUAGUAUGCCUGGAGGAGAGUUUGUACAUUCACAAUAUCCGAGAUAUGAAAGUACUGCACACCAUUCGGGAAACACCACCAAAUCCCACAGGUUUGUGUGCACUUUCCAUUAAUAAUGACAAUUGCUACCUUGCGUACCCUGGUAGUGCAACAAUUGGGGAAGUACAGGUAUUCGAUACCAUCAAUCUGAGAGCUGCCAAUAUGAUCCCAGCACACGACAGUCCCCUAGCAGCUUUGGCAUUUGAUUCAAGUGGUUCAAAACUGGCAACAGCCUCUGAAAAGGGAACAGUAAUCCGAGUAUUCUCCAUUCCCGAAGGGCAGAAACUCUUUGAAUUCCGGAGGGGUGUUAAGAGAUGCGUGAGUAUCUGUUCACUAGCAUUCAGCAUGGACGGCAUGUUUCUGUCUGCCUCCAGCAACACAGAGACGGUACAUAUCUUCAAACUGGAGACACAAAAAGAAAAGCCACAGGAAGAACCAACCACAUGGACCGGAUACUUCGGGAAGGUGCUCAUGGCUUCCACCAGCUACCUGCCAUCGCAGGUCACGGAGAUGUUUAACCAGGGCAGGGCGUUUGCAACCGUCAGAUUGCCCUUCUCUGGACACAGAAACAUCUGUGCUUUGGCAACAAUUCAGAAGAUCCCUCGGCUACUGGUCGCAGCGGCAGAUGGCUAUCUCUACAUGUACAACCUGGACCCACAAGAAGGAGGCGAGUGCACCCUAAUGAAACAGCACAAGUUGGAUGGUAGUGUAGAAUCAGCCAACGAGAUUCUGGAGCCUUCACCACAUGAUCGUCCAUUAGUGUCUCAGACGUACAGUUCACCUACUGCCAAAGUUAGUUAUACUCCGUCAUCACCCACACGGCACGCCUACCCAGAGGACCAAGGAGCAGUGGGCGGUAUUGAUCCAGAUGAUGAUUUGAAUAUUGGCACUCUGCGGAUGGAUGAGGACAAUGAGACGCCUCCCCUGAUUCUUAAGAGCGAGUGACCUUUUGACUUGUGAGCCGGCAAAGAACACUUGCAAUAGACUGAACUGUGAUGCUGCUGCAGACUUACAAUUGCAGGACAGAAAGUGAAGAAAAAUAUGGAUGGAACAUUUAAAAAAAAAAAAGGAAAAAUUGUAGCUGUAGCUUAAUUCUAUAAUAUUGAACUCAAAAUAUAUUGUUUCUCCCCCAGUGGCUUUAAUUCCUGUAAAGAAUUUGAGUAAAUAUGUUUUUUUCCCCCAUUCGGCCAAAAAUUGCCGCCUUGUGCAGCCUUGGAGCCUUCUAGCUUUGCAUGAUUACAUGUGCCAAGUUUCGAGAAUUUAGGAGCCACUUUAAUCUUGCCAGACCGGUCGUUUUCUCAGUGACGUCCCACUAGCUUCACCCGAACUGAAAGGUUUAAGGACACUUUAUUCCUCCAUUCAUGGACACAGGUUUCCAAAGCUGUAAGAUAGCAACCCCAUCCCGACCAUUUCCAGCCUCCCGCACGUGGAAUCCCCUGUGAGGUUUUGUCCAUUCACUUAAAUCAGACUCUCUGGUGUGAAAUUGUGGUCCUUCGAAUUUCAUUCCUUUGAGGGAACAACUAUGAAUAUUAUACUUUUAACACUUGCUCCAAAAGAGACGGUUCAUUAAAUGUGACACUAAGAAUGAAUCUCAUUUUUAAUCCAAAGGGUUUAAAUAUUGAGUGGAUAUUUGUAAGUUAAUCUGAAAAUAAAAGAUGGUAUCCCAUGUGUUUUUGAAUCUUGUGAUUAUGACAGAUUCUUUACCAGAGAAGUGAUUAUCUCAGACAUUAUUCCUCCUGGACUCUUGACUCCCUUGAAUUUCUACAAUGUACAGUGUGAAUUUGGUCAGCUGUGGAGGGGUUGCUACUUUGAGUCCACUUGAGCCUAGAAAGAUUUGGUAUUCUGAUGUUGUUAUCAGUUUCUAUUCCUUGUCCCAACGGCCAAACGUCAGCUAUCUGACGCCUAGCUAAUGUUGAAGGUGCGUCAGCAAAUUGUUUUAGAAAUUCCUUUCGUAAGUGGAAUUCUUGCAACAAAGAAUUCUUUUUAUUUUGACAAUUGCUGUUACAGAGUGCAUUUCAAUUACUAGUUAUAAACAUGCGAUCAGUAGAAGCGAUCCUCCAUUGCUUCAUUUUACGACUUGAAAAUAAAUAAAGGUUAUGGGGAGAAGGCAGGAGAAUGGGGUUGAGAGGGAAAUUAAAGCAUGGAAUAAACUCCACCCAACUAUAGUUAUCCAACCAGAUGCAACUAAAUUUAAAGUAGCUCUUUCUUCCCAAUAACCCUUUCUGGCUUAAGCCCUCCCUUCACCACCUCCAGUUUAAAUUCCAUUUGGAAUAUUUUGGAGGACCAAGAAACCAAGAACCAAGAAAGAUAGUUUAGCCAUGAUUGAAUGGUGGAAUAGACUUGAUGGGCCAAAUGGCCUAUUUCUGGUCCUAUGAGGUGAAAAAACAAAUUGAAAUGUGAGUUUUUUUUUAAUGAUGUUAUACUAUAAUCAUUCAACACCUUGCAAUAUAAACUUUCUAGAACUGCAGAGAUCAAGAGUUUACAGCCACUGAUCUGCUGAAAUGUGGCCAUUAAGAUACACGGGAGAGACCUUUUCAUCGGUAGAAUGUAAUUGGAUCAGGACAAAACAUCUAUUUGAGAUAGAGGGGAAAAAAACAUGUUUGUAACAACAUUGAAUCUGCUGUUAUUCUUCUGUGGCUAUCAUGACCUGGAUUGAUACCAUCAAAAGCUACUCAAAGUGUGGCAUUUGCACCAGGUUUCCCUUGGUCAUCUCUGUGGAGAGCGUAGAGAAGGCUCACCACUACUCUGGUUACACUGCAGAUCUGUAGGUCAAGAAAUGCAAAUCGUAGUAUUUCUGAAGCAGAGAUAAUAGAAAUCUAAAUGACAAAGCCAUUGAAGGGGAAAAAAAAUUAAUAUACUGCAUCUUUUCAGCCAAUGUUUUUCUUUACAUUUGCUUCUAUGAUCAUGCUUAGUAGAAGUGUGCACCUGUCCAGAAUUAACCCAGUGCUCUUAAUUAAUUAUUCUACCUGGUAGCCGCUAAUACAAACAUCCUAGAAGAUGUUUUGCUUGGCGUUUUACCGAUAUUGUAAAAAGGCUUGUACAAAAAUGUGAUUGGUGAUAAAAUAUUCCACUGUUUUUUGAUGUUGAUUGCCUAAAUGCUCCACCUUUAUUGAUGUUUUUUGUUUUAAAGACUGGAGCAGAUAUUUUUUUUUCACAAUGUUUUUUUUUCUCCUUCUGGCAAGAAGCUUGGGCCAUUGAAACUUUCUUCUGGAGGAGAUUGAGAAGCGUUCCUUUCAAGAAAGUAGUUAAAUGCUUGUAACCCUUUAAUGGAACUGUGUAGCAAUUCAAAUCAAGUCGACUUUCAGAGCAAGUCGAAUCAAGUUGUGAAGAUGCAUCUAUUGCACUUUCUGUGCUUAUCUGUGGUGUUUAUUUUUCUCCAUGAAAUUAAGAUCUGAUAUUUUUAUUUGAAAGAACGACAUACUGCAGAACUUCAUUUCCAGAGUUGAUGGAUGAGAUGCAUAAAGCUGAGGCGCUGAGACUAGAAGUGGCUCCUGUUUGAUGGAACUAGAUUAUCUAAUGGUCAUAUUCCAGUAAUUCAGUUGGGUGUAAUGCCUCUGGUGAAGGAAGGCAAGGAAAAUGAUAACUCAAUUGUCCGGUUGUUUAUGAUAUUAUUUAAAAGAAAAACACUUUUUAAAAAUCCAAUUCCUAGAGUUAACAUGAGGAGAAUAUUUGAUGGUACCAAAUCUGGUUGGUUCUAAAAGCCAACAGUUCACCAUGGCUAAAGAUGGCCAAUUGGCUGUCCUGCUCACUGUAGUUGAGUAGAGGGGCCAGGGCUGUGAGAUGGUGGAGGAGAGGCAGUUUGUUGGUUUAAAAAAAGACAGAAUGACAGAACUUGCAAAUUCUGUUUGCAAUCCAGUUGUGCUGUGGUGUUUAGAGUUUGUAAAUUGUAAGCAAAUGAUGUACAAAAAGGUAAUAUGUAUAAAUUAUGUAUGGAAAGGUAAUGUUUUGUAUAUUUUAAUCAUUUUUUUGGACACUGACAUCUAUAGUUUAUUAUACAUCCAAGUAUUUUGCUACCUGUAAGCAUGAAUCCAGAGUUAUAAUAUUCUUUUGACAUUCAUUCUUCCAGACUGCCUUUCCCUACUGUCAUCCUCCAAAACAUAUUUUAGUACCGAUUCACUUCAUACAGCAAAAAUGUUUGUGCUGAAGCAUUUUUUGCUUUCUAAUUGCGAAGACAAAACUUCUUAUGAGAUGCAGAGUAGGUGUUCAACUUUUAGUAUAUUGGAUGUUGAAUAAAAUAGGAAUAUAAGCUGUAGACAACUCUGUCUCCUGUGAAAGAGGCCUUCCCUGUUUCUGGAUUUUCUCGCUACCUGACCUGCAUUAAAGUUACGACAUCAGAUUUUAAUUAUUUUAAAAAAAUAAUUUAGUGACAUUUGAAGUCAUAAAUUGAAAUGUUACAUUUUGCAAUGUGAAGACAAUGAAUUUGCACAUUUUAGCACUGAAGGAUCUGUAAUGAAGAAAUGUAUCAACAGAAAAUUAUUAAAAAACAAUUAACAAAAA